CUAUAUAUAAACCUGUAUAUAACCUAGUUAAGUAUAUACCUAUUGUCAUUAUAGUUAGUAAGAUUUAGACCUUCAUCGAAUAAAGACCUUUCUUCUAUACCCAGUAUACUUAAACUAGUCUUUUAAUAUUGAACUACAUAUAUAGAUAAAACAUGGUGUCAGGUGUGUUAAUAAUUAAUUCAAUUAGAUAAUGUAUUUUCUUUGUCGAUCUGUAACAUAAAAUUAAAAAAAAAAAUAAAAAUGACCGACCCGCCAAAACCAACCGCAAAUAUGUAUGCAAUUGUGAAUAAUAUUACGGCAUCCAUUUCACCACUCAACCUUAAAUCAACGAAUCUACCAUCCACGUGGAAGAAUUGGCUAAACCAAUUUAAAAUUUUUCUUCGAGCAUCUAAUCUGGAGGACCAAGGCGAUAAACGAAAAGUCGCACUACUACUUCACUACAUGGGGCCAGAUUCUUUGGAAAUCUUCAAUUCCUUCAACGAGAACCUAGUCGUCGUGAAGUAUGACAAAUUAAUUGAGAAACUGGAAGCCUACUUUCUUCCCAAAGUCAACAUCGUCAUGGAGCGUCAUAAAUUCUUCACAAGGUCACAAAAAGAUGGUGAGUCAAUCGACGAAUAUAUCACAGUCUUAAAAAAUCUGAGUCUGACAUGUGAUUUUAAAGAUCUAAGGGAGGAUUUACUCCGUGAUAUUUUCGUAUGUGGGUUAAAUAAUAAUUUUUCAAGCAUCAAAGAAAGAUUAUUAAAUGAAGGUGGCAUAAAAUUCGACAGAGCCAUCGACAUUGCAAAAACGAUGGAAGCAACAAAAGGGCAAGCUCAACAGUUGCAGCUAGCAAGUAGCAACAACAGCAACAACGUUAUCGCCGCUAUUCACCGUUCAACGUCAAAGUCACAAAAUCACCAUCACAAUAAUAAUUCGUCUUCGUCGCUCUCCAACAAAAAUAAUAUACACUCUUCACACAACAGCCGAUCGUCAUCAUAUGUACCAAGCCAUCAAGUAUAUAACAAUAAACAAAAGAGUUCAUCAUCGGCACAUGAAAAGCGCUGCUACAAGUGCGGAGAAAUACAUAGAAGUAAAUGCCCAGCUCUGGGAGUGAGGUGCAACAACUGUAAAAGAAUGAACCAUUUCGCUAAAAUGUGCAAAAACAAAAAAGCAUACAUAAGAAAUGUCGACGUCUCUUCUGAUUAUGAUGAGCUUUCGGAAGACACAGCCCAGUUAUUUAUUGGGAUGGUGCACAUACAACAAGCUUAUGCAGUUUCGUCGUCAUCAGAGCAAGUAGAUCGAUGGAUAGUGCCUAUUCACAUCAACGGUACAUCUGUGCAAUGUCAAAUAGACACAGGUGCACAAGCAAAUAUAAUUUCAAAGCAAAUGUUCGAAAAAAUUUGCAGUGGAGUUAAAGUAAUGAAGUCAUCCACAAAAAUCAUGACAUUCAGCAGAGAAGUUCUUCCAGUCAUUGGGUAUUGCAACUUAAAUUGUCAACACAGAGGUCAUCACUACAAAAUUCUUUUUUACGUGCUGAAUUUAAAGUGUCAAGCUAUUAUUGGUCUUCAGUCGUCUAUUAAACUUAAUUUAAUCAAAAAGAACAACUUCUAAAGGCACUUUACCUUCUCCGUCUGAACUGCUUAUGUCAAGAAAAUUAAGAACAAAAAUUCCUGUGUCCACAAACAUUUUAAAACCAACUUUAGUUAAUGUCAACAAAUAUAAACAGUUAGUUCAAGAAAAAACUCAAAAAACACAAAGAUACUACAAUAAAAAUGCUCGAGACUUGAAACCAAUUGAACCGGGUGAAAACAUUUAUUAUAAGAAGAAUCCGACAUCUGUUUGGAUUCCAGGAAGGGUAGUGGAGUUAUGUCAAGAACCACGAUCUUUUAUUGUUAAAGGUGAAGACGGAACUGUAAGUCGUCGAAAUCGCCAACAUAUUUUGAACAUAGAUCCGAAUUCGAAUACGCCUAAUAUUGAAAAGCCUGGUUCAACUGAAAAUGACAUUCAAUCAAGUUAUAAAAAUAACCCGGAAUCAAAUAAUAACGAAUUUUUAACAAAAGAAUACAAGACUCGUUUUGGAAGGAAGGUAAUACCACCUGAUAAACUUAGUUACAACCAUACAUAAAAAUACAUGUGUAAGAGAUACUCAAUUUGUAGUUUUAAAUUAAUACAUUAUUUUGCUUUUGAAUAUUAUUAAAUAAUUUUGAAUAAUUUAAACUUUUAUCUAAAAAACCGUUAUACUUAAAUUUAAUAGUUAUAAUUAGUAUUAUUAUUGUUAAAAAGGGAGAUGUUGUAUACUUAUACUUAUACUAUGAUGCUAUAUAUAAACCUGUAUAUAACCUAGUUAAGUAUAUACCUAUUGUCAUUAUAGUUAGUAAGAUUUAGACCUUCAUCGAAUAAAGACCUUUCUUCUAUACCCAGUAUACUUAAA